CACUCGGCCGUACAUCAUUAGGGAUAGUGUUAUGGUCGAAGGUGAUGCUUGUUGUCAUUUGAUAAAAGUGGCGAAAGUUUGACAACUUGUUCACAUUACCAGUGUACCCGUUAUCAAGAGCACACAUACACCAACCAUAGGAGCAGUACCGACCAUGGUCCAGCUGGGAACCUCUCCCGACUUUCAGCUCCAUAGGAGUCGACCGUCUUUCAGCAUUAGCAGAGUUCUUGGAGAAGACUUUCCGAGUUCCUCACCAGAUUACAGCAGCAGGUAUCCGGACAGCGCCGAGAGUCCAGAAUCAGUGGCAUCCUGUAUAUCUGUUGAGGAGGACCAAACGAAUGUUGAUGUCGAAGCGUACGACUCAGAUUUAGAAAAUUCUGACUUUUGUGAAAAAGAACCAAGUGCUAGACUGACACCAACACUUGACAAUAAAAACAUUUCUAGUGAUGACAACAUAGAGAAUCGUGCACCAGCUAAAAAACCUUCCGACUCCAAACCUGACGGAAACAAUAACAAGACGCUAAAUGGUGAUGGAAAGAAGUCUGAAAAACCGCCGUUUAGUUAUAACGCUUUAAUUAUGAUGGCUAUUCGAAGCAGUCCAGAGAAAAGGCUAACACUGAAUGGAAUAUACGAAUUUAUCAUGAAGAACUUUCCAUACUACAAAGACAAUAAGCAAGGAUGGCAGAACUCUAUCCGACACAACUUAAGUCUUAACAAGUGUUUUGUCAAAGUCCCCCGUCACUAUGACGACCCGGGUAAGGGCAAUUACUGGAUGCUGGACCCUUCUUGUGAUGACGUAUUCAUUGGAGGAACCACGGGGAAACUCCGUCGAAGAUCUACUUCCGCUUCCAGGACACGGUUAGCAGCAUUAAAAAGGGCCGGUUUUCCGGGUAUCCAACCACAUGUUUACCCAUUUGCCUGUUCAGCAGGUAAGCCCGGCUCGUACAUGUGGCCAUUUUCGUCCCUGUAUCCAUUCGGAGGGGGUACCACUGGGUCUCCUGCCCUGCGGUAUGGUGGGUUCCAGUUUUAUCCCUACACAGGGCUGUUACCCACAUCCUCAUCAGUACCAGGGACAACGGCAGGACGAACAACAAACUUCUCCGUCGACAGACUCUUGGGACUUGACAUGGGUGUAUCACCCAAUAUGUCCGCUAGUUCAACUUCCUUAAAGACGAGUAGCCAGGCUUUCCAGUGGUAUCCGACCCAUUCACCGCUAUCCCUACCCCACACAGACCAGGAACACUCAAACACUAGGGGAUUAGACCUUAGUCUUUUCAAAGGGGUUCACGGAUUACCUGUGUCUCCGGGAUCAGCGUUCUCCUCCCCACCCGGAACGCUGCACCAAACAUCCACAGGACUCGUACGAAACAUGUUCUCAAAUACAUCAGUACAUUCUCAAAGAACGCCUUAUGACGUGGGCAGGACAUCGUAGUGUUGACUUCCUCUACAAUGAAUUGUGCAAUAUCAUUUGACAAUGUUUUUUUAAGAUAACCGAGGUGGUGGUAUCAUCCUGGUGCGACGACAGUCCCCCAGGGGAGUCAUGGACAGACUGUUGCUAGUACCUGUUAAUUGGUAUGUUGUGCUGUGAGAAUGGUGCUCGUGUGACGACGAACCUUACAGGUAUGGUCCAGGGUAGCAUACCCACACACGGACGACUUAGUUUUUAUAUCAUGUAUGUUCAGAGACAGUCAAACAAUAUCGAAAUAAAUCAUUCUGAUUCUUA